AUGGGGACUACGAUAGAGGAGCUGGAAGGCAUGUUCGACGACCACCCCUCAUUAAACGCAUCUCUGCAGGAUUUCGAACAAGGAAGCAUAGAGAUAGAUCACAGCAACCCGCCUCGUCGUUUUGGCUAUCCUUCCCAACAUUCGGGCUUCCGCAGCGACACGGACUCGGAGGACGACAUCAGGGACUCGGUAUCCAGAGGUGGUUACAGUCCGCCAGCAUGGAGACGAGAGGAAAACGGCAACCGAAGCAGCGGCUUCUGGAAUCGGCAUAACAAUAUACUUGGCAAGAGGUACAGGGAACUUUCUAGAGAAAGUAGUCCAGAAUAUGAAAGUGCUGAUGAGGGUGGUAAACCUGAUCCAACUCUUGCGGCAGCGGUAAGAACGAGGUUGCCCACUGGUUCAUUGUCGCCGGAGAAGAAGAGAAGUCCGUCGCCUGAUCCAAAACCUUUUAGGACUAUUAAUUUUCGAAAGACAAAUGGUGCGGCGGUGAAGAAGGAAAAUGGCCACGAAGCUGCACUCGUACCUUCGAUGGGGAACCCGAACAACUUUAUUCGAUUCGCAUUCAAAACUGAAGUACAACAUCGUACAGAACCUUUCGAAACUGCAUUUACAACCAUGAGUCUAAAGUUUGAGAAAAUCAUGAGUUCAUGGGCUUCAGUAUGCAGUGCCCUUGUGAUAGCGAUCAUUUCUAUCUUGACACUACGAACACUAUUUCAACCUUCACAAUUACCACCAGUACCGGAUCUUAUCAAGGUCGCAGGACUCGCCAGAGCUUUUGAACCUCUAAUAUUCUAUUCCGAAAAUGGAAUUCGGCAAAUUGGUGAUAUUCAACAAACCGGAAUUGCUGUCUGGGAUCUUGGCGAGAGUGUACGCUCAACCAAUAUGACUUCCGCACCAGUCAUUGUUGCGGAGCUCGAUGAACUGAGUGAAACUCUCACACUCUUGUCUGAAGAGUUAACCAGAUUCUUUGCUAACGUAGACGGAGACGUCGAUGGGAUCUUGAUCGUCAUGGAUUGGGCCAAACGGGAACUUGCUCAACUCAACCAUCUUCCACCAUCACCUCUCAAUUCAGCCUUUGAUAACAUACACACACUCCUAAGUCGAGUAGGUGUCUUUGAGACUUCAACUGGUACUCCAACCAGAAUCGGCGUUGUCGCAACAAACAUAUUCGGCAUGUCAUCGCCUCAAAGAACACGCCAAACUCUUCAAAGAACAUUCAACGAGUUUCUCUCGGUUCUCGAAGAUGCUAUCAGUUCCGAGCUCGAUCAUGCUCUUGGUCUCUUUCGUAUCUUCGAGAAGAUUGAUCACCAAUUCAAAGCACUAUCUCGAAGCGCCUCCCGCGAACUAGACACCCAAGAAAUGGAUGAAGAUAAACUUCUCUCUUCACUCUGGACCAAGAUCCUCGGUCCUUCUUCUACCACCAUCCAUAAAUUCGAAAAGAAUAAAAAACUCCUCGCCAAUAUACGUUCCAAAACCAUCCAAAACAAAUCCGUCCUUCUCGACCAUAACGGAAAGCUAUUAACUUUACGAGCAAAUCUAGACUAUCUAAGAAAAAAACUAGUUAGUCCGCUCGUAAGGACCAAUAGUAGCACGAUCCGAGUAGAAGAGCAAAUCCAAGGUCUAGAAGAUGCAAGUGGAUAUUUAGGAAAGGUCAGGGCAACGCAAAAGGGGAAGUUGAUGGAAAUGUUGUAUGGUGCUGGGAGUGGUAGUGCGAGAAAAGUAGCUGGAGCAAAGGUUGAGAUUGAGGGGCGAUGGGAAUAA